AUGGGAGAUGGAGGGGCCUUGCACACGGAUGGCAAUGCCCUUCUAAAGGCGGUGUUCCAGGGAAAACUCCGCCUUGCCCGCCUCCUCUUGGAGGGUGGAGCCUAUAUCAAUGAAGGUAACGAGAAAGGGGAGACGCCUAUUAUAGCUGCCUGUCUGGCAAGAUAUGACGAUAUGCAGACCCAGCAGAGAAUGGUUCGGUACCUGCUGGAAAAGGGGGCAGAUCCAAAUAUCCCCGACAAAUCAGGUCGGACUGCCUUGAUGCAUGCGUGUGCAGAACAGGCAGGUAAAGAGGUGGUGUCACUUCUGUUGGAGAAUGGAGCUGAUCCCAGUUUAAAAGACUAUGGCGGGGCCUCUGCUCUCGUACUCGCCAUCAAUAAGGGCAACAGAGACACCCUCCAGGUCCUGCUGGAUGCCUGCAAAGCCAAAGGAAAAGAGGUGAUAAUUAUUACCACUGAUACAUCUCCCUCUGGCACUAAAAAGACAAAACAAUAUCUGAACUCGCCGCCGUCUCCAGGUGUGGUGGACAAAAUCUCACCUACUUGCAUGUCUCCGUCCGAGGUGGAGAUCCAUACCUCUGGCUUAGCUCCUAGUGAGGAGGAGACUAUCUUCAGCUUCGCUGUGAGUUUAGCACUCCCACUACCCUCCAGCAGACCACAGGGUGAGAGGAGACCGCCACCACGCAAGCUUUUGAAAAGACUAAACUCUGAACCCUGGGGCCUGGUGGCUCCCUCUGUACUUGCUGAAAGAGCUGAGCGUAUAGAGGGGGAUUUAGCUGAGGAGGAUAAGUUGGUCUCUGAGAUGAAUGGGCUGUCAGUCACCAGUCCAGGCAGACCUCUUCUGUCCCGAAGGCACAGUAUAGAGACACAUGACCCAUCCUCUCCAAAGCUGAUGGACCGGUCCUGUUCUGAGGACUGUGCAGCACUGUGUGGAUCAUCCUGGGCAGAUAAAGUCCAUCAACACCAGUCACUGAAUCGAAGAAACACAGCCCCUGAGACCCAGGAGAAUGCAGCACAGGCGGGCAUUCGUACACUGCCACAUCCCAAACUAACCCGCAUGGAACACUAUGAGUCAGACACCCACCUAUGCCCUGGCUCCAUCCCUGGAUCUCCAGAUUCUGGGCGUGUUUCCGUGGAGCGGCGAAAGUACAACGCCUCUCCUCUGUCCCUGCUCACUAGCUCUUCCCGAGAAUCUUUGGAAAGCAUUCCCAACUCUGUGUCUCCCAUCACGAUGAGGCGACGCCCACCAGGGCUGUUGGAAAGGCGGGGAUCAGGCACUCUCCUCCUGGAUCACAUCUCCCACACGCGACCUGGGUUCCUCCCUCCUCUAAACGUCAACCCCCAGCGACCCAUUCCUGAUAUCCGGGCUAAUGGAAAACCCACUUCGCCCGUUCACUCUGGGAGCAAGAUCUUGCUGCCAGUGGCCCCUUCAUCCCCGAAACGUGGGCCAGACUUCAAAAUGAAGAAGAAACUGACGAGGAGACACUCAAUGCAGACGGAGCAGAUGAAGCAGCUUUCAACUUUCCGGGAAAUCCUAACGGAAAAGGUGAUGGAGAUGAAUGGCGACUGAGAGAUAGAGAAACGGAGAGAGAGAGUUUGUGCUGGUCGAGAGGCCGUUUCAUCUACAUGUUCCUUGAGACACACCUGUUCUAGAUUUAUUUGGCUCCUUUAGAACAUGCAUUUUGAAAUUAAAAUAAUCUCCAAAUUCAGAUCAGGAAAAUAGAAAAAUCCAUACAAAAUCCAGAAUAUGUGAAGAAAAGAUGGACCCAUUUGUGUCAGUGGAAUCUAAUGCUGUUAAUGUUUGAAUCUUCUGCAAUUCUCAAACGAGGCCUCACAGAUUCGGUGUUCUACAGGUUUCUCUGUGUAUUAGCAAGUUAGAGCUUUCAGCCUCUUUACUGUUGUAGCUCUGUGAUGUAACAUCCUAUGGAAUUAUUGGGAGAUUAAAGGUACUGUGUUUUUUUUUAUUUUUUUUUUUAUGAAAUAACAUGCAGAAAAUUUCCCUAUUACCUGUCAGAUAUCACUGAAAUAGGUGCCAUGAAAUAUCAUACCUGUCUCUGAAACAUUCUUAGGCUUAGUAAACAGUGGGGGAAAAGUUGUCUGUGGGCCAUGGAGAGAUACUUUGUUUAGCUAAUCAGAAGACUUCUUUGCCUGUCAGUCACUGCGCAUGUUUACAGGGCAGCCCAUAUAUGCUUGUAUAAGUGCCGGCACGAUGUCCUACUCCCACGAAACGCAAAGGUUGGAUGGAGAAAUGCUCAGGGGGACCCACACCCCUCCAUCUGUUCCAACACAAUGUCUCUAGUGUGUCUGUGUGUGUGCAUGUGUCUAAGUGUGGAUUUUUGGGAAGAGGGGGCAUGUGGCUAAUUCAACAGCUGGUCUUGUGGAAGUUCCAGAAAGGCUAAAAUCACUUGCAGCACAUUUAAUGCUUCUAGUUUUCCAUUCAUGAAAUCCUAUGGGGACACUAUACUGUAAAAAGGCACCGUCCUUCGGAUGAGACGUUAAACCAUGGUCUUGACUCUCUGUGGUCACUAAAAAUACCAGGGCACUUCUCACAAAAGAGUAGCUGGGUGUAACCCCGGUGUCCUUGCCAAAUUCCCCCCAAUCGGCCCGUAUCUAUCAUGGCCUCCUAAUAAUCCCCAUCUAUAAAUUGGCUAUAUCACUCAACUCUCUCCUCUCCACCAGCAGCUGGUAUGUGGUGAGUGUACUGGCACACUAUGGCUGCCAUCGCAUCAUCCAGGUGGAUUCUGCACACUGGUGGUGGUUGAGGAGAGUCCCCUGUUCUGUAUGUAAAGCACUUUGAGUGUAGUGUCAGAAAAGCGGCAUGUAAAUAUAACAUUAAUUAAUUAAUGUGUAGUUCAGUGCUCAAAUGUUUAUUUCUUCUGGAAGAACAACAGCCAAAAAUAACUCAAUUUAGUAACUGAUUAAAUCAGGUUAAAAUAUAAAGUUUAAAUUUAAAGUUUAAAUCUAUUUAUAGUUGAUGAAAAUAGUUUUAUAGACAUUUUAAUUUAAAAUGUAUUUAUUUAUUUUGGGCUGAUAGUUAUACCUUUUAGUCAUUGCAUGACCUUUAAUUUGUUAAUGCAAGCUUCUUGAUAUUUCAACAGGAUGUGCCCUAGUGAGGAUUUGAGAAGGCUGACUGCUAGAUAUUCCUGUAACAAAUUAUGUUUUAAUGAACAUUUUUUUUUUUGCACAAUGAAAGUGCAGAAAAUGUUUAAACUAGAUAAAUAUGAGGAGUGUUUUACAGAAAAGAAAAAAAAGUGAUCUCUGAUUUGAUCAAAUAAUUAAUAAAAAAAAAAAAACGCUUUUAAUACAAAACAACAUUAUACCUGUUCACUGAAAGUCAUGUUUCAGAGCUUUUGGAUGGGUGCCUAUCUUUCUUAAAUCCUUAAAAACAAAACAAAGUGAAGUGCAAUUCCUGAAACUCAAAAUCCCAAAGACACUCUUUGAAACUCAUCCAAAACCCUUGCAGAUCCACCCUGACCCGUCUAAAGGGAGGGACGAGAGAAACCCCACUCAUAACGCACACUCCCUCUGGGGACACAGAGCACAGAUAGUGUGUACAUAAUGUACAGAGUACAUUUGUGUCUCAUGUGUUUGAAUGUGCAAUAUUAUGAGCUGCCACAGCACUGGUUUCAUAUAAAACUAUUAUUGUGAAUGUGAAUAAUCACUCGGACACAUGUCUGUGGAACAUGCUGCAGUAAAUAGUUUAGAUGAGCUGGGAGCUCAGUUUACAAUCUGAAUCUCUGCACAAAAUACAUGAAAAUGAAUUUCCCUUAAGAGCUGCAGUGCACAAUGUGUCCAUGUCAAAUGGACAGUUCAACUCAAGCUUAUGAUGUGAGUGAAUUUAAUGCUUCUGUUAUGAGAUGUUUUACAAUUGAUGUGAAUUGUACUUAGUGUACUUUAAAUGUAUCAUGAAAACAAAAAGAGGAUUAUUUUUUUAUGCCUGUAGGGUUUUAUUCUUGUUGUUUUUUUAUUUUGUAUUGAAAUGAAUUUUAAUGUUUAAAACCGAAUUGUUGGUGGUGCAAUUACACUUUGACAGUUGCUUUUGUGCUUUAGGAUGUUUGUAGGAGAUAAAUUAUGAAUAGAACUGAGCAUAAGGAGCUCGCUGACUACAGACAUUUUCUGAAAUCGCCUGCAAAACAAUUGUGAUAUAAACCAACAGUCUCCAGUUUAACUGACUGCCUGACAACCAGAUCUUUGAAAGGAGGACGUUAUCUGUGAUUAUAUCAGCACUUUGUUAUUCUGCAGAUAUUACAGGAGUUGGGCACUUUUCAUUAGUUUUAGUGAUUCUCCUAUCUUCAUUUAACAUAUAGCUAAAUAAGUCAUGGGAGAUGGAUUUGUUUCUUAAUAUGUUUGUAUCUAAAUAUCUAAAAUAUUUCUUUCUAAGUAUCUACGUUCACAUGACCUGCUGUACAAAACAUCAGUUUAAACUGAGUUGAAAUUGUGUUAAGGUAUACAUACUUCACACAGAAGAGUCACAGUUACACUAUCAAUGCAUCAUUUAAUGAAUUGCAGAUUAACCAUUUCUUGUUAUUUUUUAUGUUUAGUGUGAUACACAGGUCAAAUGUA